UUAAGCUGCGACAGGCUGCCUUGUCAGCUCUACCAGCCUGCAAACACUUCAAAUUUCGUGCCCGCAGGCACUCGUACUGUCAAUUACGCUGCGCAGACUUCCUGCGCUGCCAGCGACAAGAUGGCGACAACCUCUUCUAUGUUCAUGUACAGCUUGACGGUUCAACCACCCACCGCCACAACCCAAGCUAUCCUGGGCCAAUUCACAGGCACAAAGGAGCAGCAGAUCAUCACUGCGUCAGGCUCUCGCCUUACAUUGCACCGACCAGACCCGUCGCAGGGCAAGAUUGUCACAGCCCUUUCGCACGAUGUUUUUGGUAUCAUUAGAGCUAUAGCAGCCUUCAGGCUGGCUGGAAGUAACAAGGCAUGGAUGGCAGCACGAGAAAUUCCACCAUGAAUCGUCACCGGCAGAGAGUGAUUACAUUAUCAUCACUUCCGACUCUGGCCGAAUCACAAUUGUCGAGUUUCUUCCUGCACAGAACAAGUUCAACAGAUUACAUUUGGAAACAUUUGGAAAGUCUGGUGUGCGGAGAGUUAUUCCAGGGCAAUAUCUUGCCGUGGACCCGAAGGGGAGAGCUUGCUUGAUCGCUUCUGUUGAGAAGAAUAAGCUUGUCUAUGUACUCAACCGCAAUGCCCAGGCAGAGUUGACAAUCUCAUCUCCUUUGGAAGCACACAAAGCACAAACUUUGGUGUUUGCUAUGUGUGCUUUGGAUGUUGGGUACGCGAAUCCGGUCUUUGCUGCCCUCGAGGUCGACUACGGGGACUCGGAUCAGGACCCAACGGGUCAAGCAUACGAUGAAAUCGAAAAGACUCUAGUCUACUACGAACUAGAUCUUGGCUUGAACCACGUUGUAAGAAAAUGGUCAGAUCCAGUAGACCGGACAGCCACUGUUCUUUUCCAGGUACCAGGAGGCACUGAUGGCCCUAGUGGAGUCUUGGUAUGCGGUGAAGACAACAUCACAUAUCGACACUCGAAUCAAGAAGCUUUCCGUGUUGCCAUUCCUCGAAGACGAGGAGCCACUGAAGACCCAAAAAGAAAGCGCGUUAUCGUUGGCGGUGUUAUGCACAAGUUGAAGGGUGCUGCCGGUGCAUUCUUCUUCUUGCUGCAAACUGACGAUGGUGAUCUCUUCAAGGUCACCAUUGAAAUGGUUGAGAAUGAUGACGGCCAACCCACAGGAGAGGUCAAGCGUCUCAAGAUCAAGUACUUUGAUACCGUCCCUGUGGCUACAAGUCUUUGCAUUUUGAAGAGUGGUUUCUUAUUCGUUGCCAGCGAAUUUGGUAACCAUCAGUUCUAUCAAUUCGAGAAGCUCGGAGAUGAUGAUGAGGAAAUUGAGUUCAUAAGCGACAACUUUCCCACCGAUCCAACCGAACCAUAUACACCCAUUUAUUUCCAUCCACGCCCAGCAGAAAAUCUGAGUCUCGUUGAGAGCAUCGAUUCUAUGAACCCUUUGAUGGAGUGCAAGGUUGCUAACUUGACUGAAGAAGAUGCGCCUCAAAUCUACUCCAUCUGUGGAACUGGAGCUCGAAGUACUUUCAGAACAUUGAGACAUGGACUAGAAGUUUCCGAGAUUGUGGAAUCUGAACUGCCCGGUGUACCGUCAGCUGUUUGGACUACCAAGCUCACUCGAAAUGACACCUACGAUGCCUACAUCAUUUUAUCCUUUACCAAUGGCACCUUGGUUCUCAGCAUUGGCGAAACUGUCGAGGAGGUAACAGAUACUGGUUUCUUGUCUAGUGCGCCAACCCUGGCUGUGCAGCAACUCGGCGAAGAUGGCUUGAUCCAAGUCCACCCGAAAGGUAUCAGACACAUUAGAGCUGAUCGUCGUGUGAACGAGUGGGCUGCUCCCCAGCAUCGAUCGAUUGUCGCCGCUACAACAAACGAACGUCAAGUUGCUGUUGCUCUUAGUUCUGGCGAGAUUGUUUAUUUUGAAAUGGAUUCCGAUGGAUCCUUGGCUGAAUACGAUGAGAAGAAGGAGAUGAGUGGUACCGUUACUUGCCUGAGUCUCGGGGAGGUUCCCGAAGGACGCGUUCGCAGUCAAUUCCUCGCUGUGGGUUGUGAUGAUUCAACGGUCCGUAUUUUGAGUCUCGAUCCCGAUUCCACACUGGAAAAUAAAUCGGUUCAAGCCUUGACAUCGGCUCCUUCCGCCCUCUCAAUUAUGGCUAUGGCCGAUUCAUCAUCUGGAGGCUCUACCCUCUACCUCCACAUUGGGCUAUAUUCGGGAGUAUAUCUACGAACUGUUCUAGAUGAAGUUACCGGAGAGCUAUCAGAUACGCGUACUCGAUUCCUUGGUCCAAAGCCCGCCAAGCUCUUCCGAGUUUCAGUUCAAGGCCAGACAGCUGUACUUGCUCUAAGUUCAAGACCGUGGCUUGGAUAUUCAGAUCCGGUCACUAAAGGCUUCAUGCUUACGCCGCUAAAUUAUCCCGGUCUUGAAUGGGGCUGGAAUUUCAGUAGCGAACAAUGUACCGAAGGCAUGGUCGGCAUUCAGGGACAAAACUUGAGAAUCUUCUCCAUUGACAAACUCACCGAUAAUUUACUCCAAGAGACCAUUCCACUCACAUAUACACCCCGACGUUUCGUUCGACACCCUGAGCACCCAUUAUUCUACACAAUAGAAUCCGAUAAUAAUAUUCUCUCCCCAGCAACUAAAGCUAAGCUACUAGAAGAUCCAUCAGUGGUCAAUGGUGAUGCUGCCGUAUUACCAGCUGAAGAAUUCGGUUACCCACGAGGCAAAAAUCAUUGGGCAUCCUGUAUUUCGGUCGUUGACCCUGUGACGGAAAAGAGCGUUCUCCAAAAAAUCGAUCUUGAUGACAAUGAGGCCGCAGUCAGCAUGGCUACGGUUUCUUUCGCCAGUCAAGAUGACGAAGUCUUCUUGGUUGUCGGAACAGGCAAAGACAUGAUCGUCAGCCCCAGAUCUUCAACAUCUGGUUUUAUUCACGUCUAUCGCUUUCAUGAAAAUGGCAAGGAGAUCGAGUUUAUCCACAAGACGAAAGUUGAAGAACCACCAAUGGCCCUUCUUGCUUUCCAGGGAAGGUUAUUGGUUGGCAUUGGCAAGGAUCUGAGAAUCUACGACCUAGGUAUACGACAGCUUCUCCGAAAAGCUCAAGCAGAAGUUGUGCCCAACUUGGUUGUUGGUCUUCAAACACAAGGAAGUCGAAUUGUCGUCAGCGAUGUUCAAGAGAGUGUCGUAAUGGUCGUGUACAAGUUCCAAGAAAACAAGCUUAUUCCCUUCGUUGAUGAUACUAUCGCUCGAUGGACGUCCUGCACGACAAUGGUGGAUUAUGAAACCGUUGCUGGUGGCGACAAGUUUGGUAAUCUAUGGCUUCUUAGGUGUCCUGCUAAGGCAAGCGAGGAAGCUGAUGAAGAGGGUUCCGGAGCACAUCUUGUACAUGAGCGAUCAUACCUGCAAGGCUCGCCUCAUCGUUUGACAUUGAUGGCUCAUUUCUUUUCCCAAGAUAUUCCAAUGAGCAUCCAGAAGACCAAUCUGGUUGCUGGCGGCCGAGACUGCAUAUUAUGGAGUGGCAUCCAAGGAACUCUUGGUAUUCUGAUCCCAUUCGUGAGUCGCGAAGAUGUGGAUUUUUUCCAGACUCUCGAACAACAUCUCAGGUCAGAGGAUGCUCCACUGGCUGGACGAGAUCAUCUCAUCUACCGGAGUUACUAUGUUCCAGUCAAAGGAGUUAUUGAUGGAGACUUGUGUGAAAGAUAUACCCUCUUGCCUACGGACAAGAAACAAAUGAUUGCUGGGGAGUUAGAUCGGUCGGUCAGGGAAAUCGAGCGAAAGAUAUCUGAUAUUCGGACACGUUCAGCAUACUAAUUGGCGCUUCGGGGUGGGCAAAUUUGGCUUAUGUGUAUUUUAAGGAGGCGUGCAUGAGAUUUGCACCGGUCAUGAAAUCAUGACAUCUAGUCAAUCAGACUAUGAC